UGAAAAGUUGGUCACGUGACAAGCAGCAGCAGCAGCAGCAGUCACAGCUGUAUGUCAGCUGUAAACAGGUGCUUUCUCUGAAGACUGCGACCCUCGUCAGCUGCAGGAGUCGGAUCUCUUCUCUCGGGCGGCAGCAUGGAGCUCUCUGUAACAUUCAUGUCAGCAGGGCUGCUCGUUGUUCUGCUGUGGCUGCUGAUCCUGAAGAGCUGCAGACAGAUGUGUUUACCGCCCGGACCCUCGGGCCUGCCUGUCAUAGGAAACCUGCUGCAGCUCGACAAAAGAGCUCCGUUCAAAACUCUGCUUAAGCUCAGUGAAAGCUAUGGCCCUGUGAUGACUCUGUACCUGGGCCGUCAGCGCAUUGUGGUUCUGGUGGGCUAUGAUGCAGUGAAGGAGGCACUGGUGGAGCAAGCAGAUGAUUUUACAGGCAGAGGUCCUCUUCCUUUCCUCAUGAGAGCCACCAGGGGCUAUGGUCUGGGGAUCAGUAAUGGAGAGCGCUGGCGGCAGUUGCGACGUUUCACCCUGACAACGCUGAGAGACUUUGGGAUGGGACGUAAGGGGAUGGAAACGUGGAUCCAGGAGGAGAGCAAACAUCUGGUGGACCGCAUAAAUUCUACCAAAGCCAAACCUUUUGAUCCCAGCUAUUUCCUGAGCGGCACUGUGUCGAAUGUGAUCUGCUGCUUGGUGUUUGGUCAACGCUUCAGCUAUGAUGAUGACCACUUCCUCCACCUCCUGCAGAUAAUCUCAGAGACCAUCAGAUUUGGCAGCAGUCCCUGGGGUCAGCUGUACAAUGUCUUCCCUCGGCUGAUGGAGUGGCUGCCAGGUCGACAUCACAAGGCGUUUGCCAGAAUUGAGGAGCUGAGAGAGUUUACAGUAAAAAAAAUACAGGAGCACCAGGACACUCUGGACCCGAGCUCGCCCAGAGAUUACAUCGACUGCUUCCUCACGAGACUCAGUCAGGAGAAGAAUUUGCCCACAACUGAGUUCCACUAUGACAACUUGGUGUCGACAGUGUUGAAUCUGUUCCUGGCAGGAACUGAAACCACCAGCUCAACCAUCAGAUUUGGGCUAAAUGUGCUGAUCAGAUAUCCCAAAAUACAGGAGGCCAUGCAGCAGGAGAUUGAGACCGUGAUUGGACAGGAGCGCAGUCCUUGUAUGGAAGACAGGAAAUCCCUCCCCUUUACAGACGCAGUCCUCCAUGAAGUUCAGCGGCUUAUGGAUAUCGUCCCCAUGAACAUCCCUCACUACUCACUCAAAGACAUCUCUUUCAGGGGUUACACAAUUCCUAAGAAUACAGUGGUCAUUCCGUUGUUGCACUCCGUGCUGAAAGAAGAAAAACUGUGGGCGACCCCGUGGUCCUUCAAUCCACAGCACUUCCUGGACCAGAAUGGCAACUUUAAGAAUAAUCCAGCGUUCCUGCCAUUCUCUGCAGGGAAGAGGUCUUGUGUUGGAGAGUCCCUUGCACGGAUGGAGAUUUUCCUCUUCAUGGUGUCACUGCUGCAGCGUUUCACCUUAUCAUGCCCUGAAGGACCUGACAGUGUCGAUCUCAGCCCCGAAUACAGCAGCUUCGCCAAUGUGCCGCGCAGGUACAAGAUAAUUGCAACUCCCCGUUUGUAAAGAUAUUUUUCAGAGUAUGUAUAUGUUUUCAGCCCUUGGUUAAGCUUACGACUUCCAAAGUGUGUAUGAUUUGAUUAACUCUGCGUGUGAACAUUUCUUUCUCUUGUGCCUGUACAUCUAAACUUUGCCAUGGCAGCACUAAAGUCACAGGGGCACACACUGGAAAUUAACCUCACAAUGUAGAAACAAAGUUGCCAACAGUGCUACAAUCCUAUAUGAAAAAAAAAAAAUCCAAUUACAUUUUUAGUGACGAAGACAAUCUUCACUGGUUAUUGAAAUAUUACCACGCACACAACAAGGUCUUUGCAAUGUACAUAUACACAAAGAUAUUCACACUUGAACAGUUUAAGUGAUGCCAAAUUAAUUAUUUUGUUUUUGUAAUGUAAUUUUUCAUCAUUUAUUCUCCUCGUAUGGCUUUAAAUCAUGUCACCAGUAUUUUACAUUUAAGUACCCAAACCAAAUCUACAGUGUGUCAUCGUAUUCAUGAAUAUUUCAGCCUGCUUCAAAUGGAAAAUUAAGUUUUUUGUUUUGAUAAAGAGACCCCUAGUGGCAGAAAUGAUCACUUGUGUGUUCAAGCCCUCUUUUUUGUUAUGUGACAAUGGCUUUUGUCUUUUUGAGCCUGUUGAGAUUGUCCCCUAGAAGACACAUUACACAGAAAGAUCACUUAUCCAGUAAUAAUCUAAAAUGAUCCCGAAGAGCAGAUUAAGUCCCCAAGUUGUCAAAUUUGUAUAUCAUUGACACACACAUCAUCUGUUAUAGAUACGAUAAGUAUUAGAAGCCCCUCUGAUGUAGUUGUUUGUAAUGGCACACUUCAUCAAGCUCAAGAUACAGUAUUACUUUACUUCUGUAAUAAUAUCAAUUGCAUUUUGUUUACAUACUCACAUACACAUUAAAAAUAUUGUAAUCAAAUUUUUAUUGAUUAAAAAAUACACACUGAAUGUUUUGUUCAAAUUCCACUAAUCAGUUGUAUCUGUCUUGACGCCAGAUUAACUCUGCUUUACAGCCGUUAGCUCACUGAUGUAUAGCGAGUAGUUACAUCUGUAAUUUGAUGAGUUUGAGGUCAGGUGAUCGGUCAAGGUGUGUGUCAACCUGUCAGUGUGUUGAUGGAUGGAUGUUCCAGUGUAUCACUGUCUUGUGUCUGAGCAACAGAGUGAAUGUCCAUGUCAGACUCUGGGGAUCGUUGUCAAAGACGGAGGCUGCAAUGUCUUAAGAAUCCAUCAAAUUACUUAGAGUACCAACUGUCAUGUCAAGUUUUAUUAAACCUUUAAAUGGACGAUGUCAGGAAGUUACACAUCAUGUAUACAGCAUUGUAUGUUUCUGUAUUAUAUAUUCAGUACUUUUUGGUUUUAUUGUGCAGCAUUUACAUCUUAUUUACUCAACCUAAAGCUAACUAAUGCAUGAAUUCUAUAUUUUUAAUAAAAUGUAUGAAAAAUAAAGCCAUUAAAACACA